GAUGGAUGGAUGGAUGGAUGGAUGGAUGGAUGGAUGGAUGGAUAGAUACUUUAUUGAUCUCAAUUUUGGAAAUUCGUGCUGUUACUGCUCUGACACCUGAAUUUCCCUACAGGUGUCUCCGUUCUUGCUGGCGCUGACAGGAAACAGUCGGGAGCUGCAGCUGGACUGACUGAGGAUGAGUUUCCUGUGGAGCAGAUUCUUUAUUAACCCGAGGCGGCGGCGCUGCCUCUCUCCUCCCUCCUGUCGUCUGCUCCACGUCGGCCAGAAAGCCUCCCUCACCAAAGCGUUCUCUGCCCGAGAUGUGCAGCUGUUCGCCGAGCUGACGGGUGACAACAACCCGGUCCACCUGGACCCCGUCUACGCCAGCACCACCGCCUUCGAGGCGCCCAUCGUCCACGGCGUCCUCAUCAACGGUUUGAUCUCGGCCGUGCUCGGGACCAGGAUGCCGGGCCGCGGCUGCAUCUUCCUGUACCAGGAGAUCCGCUUCCCCGCGCCGCUCUACAUCGGAGAGGAGGUGCUGGCCGAGGCCGAGAUUCGCAAGAUCAAGAUGUCGUUCGCCUUCAUCGCCGUGACAUGCUCUGUGAAGGACAAGGUGGUGAUGGAGGGGGAGGUGAUGGUUAUGAUGCCUGAGGAGCAGCAGAAGAAGGAGUGAGAGGAGGAAGAACAUUAUGUUAUUUGCAGUGAAUAAAUAAAGUCUCCAUUGCAGCACAAACAGUGCAGCCCGACUUCCCGAAAUAUUUUGGUUGCAGCAGUAUUUUUUCAUGACAGAAUCCCCUCCCUUUUGUUUUUGUGUUGUAAUUGAUGUUUUUUUUGAUCAUGUGCACAGCAGGAAGUGCAUUUGGAUAGAGCAGCUAGAAGAAAGAGGCUUCAGUCGUUUCAUUACAUUUUUUGAUGUUUAAUCUGCUGUUUAUUUUGUGUGAGAUAUUCUGUGUGGAAUAAAAACAAAAUCUUUUUUUAUGACAAA